UUAAACUCCAAAGACCAGUCUCAACAAUGUUCACAAAAACAAAACCCAUAUCUAAUCUUCUUGUCUCCUUCCUGGUCCUGGCAGCCCUGAUUGAGGUCUCCCAUGCUGGUGGGAUCGCAAUCUAUUGGGGUCAGAGCGGCUCCGAGACAACCUUAAACCAAACUUGUAACACUGGCCGCUACAAAUACGUUAACAUAGCCUUCCUCAAUAAGUUUGGCAGCCGACGAACCCCCGGGCUCAACCUCGCAGGCCAUUGCAACCCAGCAAAUGGUGGUUGUAGGGUUGCAAGUUCAGAAAUCAAACACUGCCAAAGCAAAGGCAUCAAGGUAAUGCUCUCCAUUGGUGGUGGCAUUGGCCAGUACUCUCUGGCUUCUAAAGCCGAUGCCAAGAGGGUAGCCGCUUAUCUAUACAACAACUUCUUGGGUGGAAGAUCAGCUUCCCGGCCAUUAGGAAGUGCCGUGUUGAAUGGUAUAGACUUCGACAUAGAGCUCGGCUCCACUAAAUACUGGGCUGAUCUUGCACGCUACUUGGCUGCAUAUAGCAAGCCUGGGAAAAAGGUUUACCUAUCGGCUGCUCCUCAGUGUCCCAUCCCAGAUAAAUUCUUAGGGUCUGCACUUAGUACUGGACUCUUCGAUUAUGUUUGGGUUCAGUUUUAUAACAAUCCCCCAUGCCAAUACAGUCCGGGUAACACAAGCAAGAUUCUAGCUUCAUGGAAACGGUGGGUUAGGAUGAAGUCGAUAAAGAAGUUGUUUUUAGGGUUGCCCGCAGCCAGGGCGGCAGCUGGAAGUGGGUAUAUUCCACCUGAUGUCUUAACCUCUAAAAUAAUUCCAGAGAUCAGGAAAUCAUCAAAGUAUGGAGGUGUUAUGCUUUGGAACAGAUACUAUGAUAGGGUCAAUGGCUACAGUGCUGCCAUUAAAAGCAAGGUAUAAACUAUUUAUAUAUGGAAGAAACUAUAAUAUGAAGCAAGCAACCUCGGCAGGCUUCAGUUACUAGCGAUAGCUGGGGGCAAAUCAGUGUUGAAGAAUAAGUUGCUUCAGUGUUCUUAUUACUUUCAUCAAUCAAUGUGUUAAUUAUGUAAUAGUGCUCCACUGCGAAUAAUCUACUGUAGUACUAAUAAUAAACAGAUAUAUUUGAAAAUUGGAUAUCA